UUUGUGUAUCUCGGUGUGAAAUGCAUGUUUUCCGUAGUUUUCUCAGAAAAUUCUAAAUUUUUAAUUGUUUGUUGUUGAAUUAGAUAAUUUUAUAGUGUUAUAAUUGUUAGAUUACUAUACUACUACUGUUUAAGUAGAUGUAUAAGCCGUCGCUAUGGAUGAAAAGAGCUUUGUGUGGACAUCAGAACUCAAUCAACGUUUUUUUGAGCUUCGCUUUGAAAACGACUGGUUGUUCAAGAAAAAAAAACAACCAUGGGGAGAAUUCCACAAAAUUCUAAUGGAGAAUGGUUUUCCUGAAGAGAUGACAAUUAGCCAGGUUAGGAAGAAGUGGUCCUACAUUUACGAUAUGUACAAGUUGGCUAAAAAGACAAAAAAUAAGAGCUGGAAAUAUUACAAAUUGUUUGACAAACACUUUGGCAAAACAAAAGUCUUGGACAAAUAUGAAUCUUGGACUGACGAUUGGCGUCUAAAGUUGAUAACUAGCAUAACAGAAACCAAAAGCAUGACAUUGGAUGUACUGAGUAUGUGGAAGACUGUUGAAAGAUCAUUGAGAAGUCAGGAUUUGCCCCUUGAAUGCUGCAUCCAAGACAUAAAAGGAUUGUGGCAACAUAUAAGAACAACAUUCAAUAGAAAGCAUCGUUUAAAAAUUAAAAAGGGCGCCGAGCUAUCGGAAUGGCCCUUGUAUGAUGUAAUGUUGAGUUACUUCCAAACCUAUGAACCAGAGUAUAUAGUUAAUUUAGAGAAUGAAGCGGCCUGCGGAUUCGUCGUGAGACGGAGGAUCAAGAAUAAAUUUAGUAAAAAGCAAAAAAACACUGAUUCUAAUGACAAUGAAAAUGAGUUUCAAUGGUCCAAAGAUAUAACAGAGACAUUCAUACAAAUCCGUCUUCAAAACGAUUGGCUCUUCAGUAAAAAGAAAUGGGCGUGGAACGAUCUUCAUGCCAUCAUGGUGGGAGAAUAUGGCUUUCCGAAAACUUUGACCAGUAGAGAAAUUUGUAGGAAAUGGGCAGCAACUUUUUCGGAGUACCAAAAGGCGAAAGCAACAAAUAAUAAAAGUUGGAUGUAUUACAAUCUGUUUGAGGUUUAUUUAGGAGAAGGACGACUCAGUCUGAAUCCCAUUAUUGAUUGGCAAGAAGAAUGGGUUCAUAACUUCAUCAGUGCCAGAGUGGAUUCUGAACACGGCUUCUCCGGCACUCUUAAAGAUCAGCUAACGGCGUGGAGAGAAGUAGAGAAACGGCUGCGUAGCGUCGGCUUGCCUCUGGACCACAGUUUGCUCGACCUCCCAGAGAUCUGGACUCAUUUGCUGAAAACGUUCAGGUGGAAAAAGAAAUUCGCGAACAAAGGCAUACUAAACGAGCAGUGGCCCUACUACGAGGCGAUGGCGCAGUACGUCGAAAACAAAGUCAGGGUGCCUGUGAAGAAAAAGCCUAGGGUGGUGUCACAUGAGCAUUAUGACGACCUUCCCGACGACUACGAGGAUGAUAUGAAGUUGUUUGAUUUGAAGCAGAGACUACAAGUGAAGCCGAAGUAUGAGGAGACACACAGCUGCCGGUCCUGCUGGAAUGAAGAGGCGUGCGUGGAUAUAUUCGCGCAGUCUGACGGCGACGGCCUCGAUAUCGCGUCUAAACUGCGCACUAUUGGGGGCGUUGAGGUCGAUCAAUCAGAUCACCUACCGUCGCAAAUCUGCCUCAACUGCCUUCGAGAGUUAGAGGACGCGUUCAAAUUCCGUGUGCGGUGUCAGGACGUCGACAAACACUUGCGAAGUAAUAACGCGGCAGACAAAAUUAAAGUUGAGAUUGACAAGACCGAGGAGAACGACGAAAAUGAGGACCUUAACAACAUCGACGACUUAAAAGACGGUGACCAUCACGACAUCGACGAUAACGACAACCAUUUCGAGGACGCGCCACCAGUCGAGGACAUGACGUCAGACGUCAAACCUACCGUCAAAACAGAAACGCCAAAAGUCAUAAGAAAACGAAAAAAGCAGCGCAAACUGAGAUACGAUUAUUGGAAGAUUUGCGAAGUGUGCGGAAAACCCACGAGGAAUCUGAUCAGCCAUUUGGACAUGCACUCGAACAGCAAGCCUUACUCGUGCGACGUGUGCGACAAGAAGUUCAAGUUCAAAAGCGGGCUGGUGAUCCACAAGGCGGUGCAUGACCCGACGCCGCGGAAGACCUGCGAGGUGUGCGGGAAAACAUUCCAUAUUGUGGCGCAGUACCGGCGGCACUUUGUGUACCACGCCAAUGAGAGGAAGUAUGAAUGCGAAACUUGCGGGAAAAGAUUCAAUACACUAGAUAUUCUGAGAGUCCAUAAUCGCACGCACACGGACGAGAGACCCUUCAGCUGCCAAGUCUGUGGCAAGAGCUUCCGAACGGCGGGCUGCGUCAGCAGGCACAAACGGAUUGUACAUAAUAGAAAUUUGAAACUCCAAGCCAACAUGGCGGUAUUAAGUCUGAGACUAUGGUGGGUGGCCGCGGCGCUACUUGUAUGGACCCCUCACGCGUAUUGCCGGAAUGUUACCCACGAGGACAUCCGCGACGCGAUGAUGUCGCUCGUUCACAUGUUCCGGACUUCCGAGUCCAAGCUGGAGCGGCACGAGUACCGCGAGAAGACCUCGGGAGAGCAGCUAAAGAAGUUGGUGUUGGGCCUUGAGAAGAAGCAUCGAGCGCUGGAGCCGCUGAAAGGGAUGAUCUCACGGCUCGACGAGCGGCUGUCCAACGUCGAAACUAUACUUUUACAGAAAGAAGAAAGAGAGAAGACCACACAACAAAAGACGGCAGAUGCUCUCAAUGACAUCCAGAAGAGCCUUCAAGCACUCACAGCAUCCCUGAACAAGAAACCAGUUGCCAGCGCUGACAUUGAAAACAACCUGACCACCAAUGACGACACACUGGAGACGAGACUUGCCUCUACGGAUGCUAAAAUUGACGCUGUCAAGAGUGAAAUUGAGAACCUGAAGAACAGUUUGAGUAAGGACAAUCUCCGAGCGAUGUGCUUGGACGUAGCAUCUGACGUCAACCCGCUAGAGAAACACAUAUCGGAGGCUGAGAAACUGCUGAACAAGUAUGAGCUGAAGCUGAACGAGUAUGGCAACUCCAGCAAGGUGCCGACAGACUUCGUGCCGCUUAGCGAGGUCUCGCUCGCCGACGAGGCGUGGCAUAGCAAGAUGAGUGAAGUAAUGGAAAAACAAGAAAAGGAGAUCGUAAAGAUUCAGAAGCUGCUGUCGGACGCGGAAAGCAUGUGGAAGGACCUACCCCGCCUUGCUGACCUGCAAAUAUCCGCCAACCAGACCUUGGAGGCUAUUGAAAGCGCUAAAGAGGAUCUUAAAGAGACCAGCGAAAAGGUGGUGAGCCAAGUGGCGGUAAAACUGCGGGAAAUGACCGACCGGCUGGCGACAACCAACGAAGACAUCCAGAAUAGCCUCACACAGGGCAACACCAUGACCGAGCACGCCUACAACGACAUCUCGCGGAGUUACGAGUCACUAAAGAAUGAGGUACAAUCUCUCACUAAAAACGAGCGUGUGCUGAUUGAAACUGCUGACAACGUGAUCGCGACCAAGAAACGCAUUGAAUAUGGAGUCCAUCAGAUACUUGCGGAGGUCGGCGAGCUUGUCAGGAAUCAAGGCAAUAGUUUGAACAAAACCGUCAACGACAGGUUCGACAACGUGCAACUAGCCAUCUUAGAGAAGCAGUCCACGGCGCAGAGCAACAUAAGCGACAAGAUCGAAACGGAGAUGGCGCCAGUGUGGCGGCAGAUUGGCAGCAUGUAUAAACAGCUCACCGCCAACAAGGAAUCGCUGGACAAACUCACGGAACAAACUGGCCGGUAUGUUAAUGAUAGCUCCACCUCUAUGGACAACAUCAACGACAAGGUGGGUAAGAUAACCGCUCGCAUGACAGAAGUGGACGAUAAUUUGAACUAUUUACUGGGAAGGCUGUCGCUGGUGACCCAGGAGUUCCAUCAAAUCAAAACUGGGCUAGGGGAGGCCCUUGAUAAAGCCAAAUCUAAUCUGCGCACCGUACAAGACAAAGAAGAUAAAGGUCCUGGACCGCAUAACAUCUCCAGCGCGGAAAAAACAGAUUGAAAAAUGGUGCCAAAUUUACUUAAGAUGUAGACCUAAUUUACUUAAGAUUAGUAUUAGCUAUAGGUAAGUUGACUGAGCGCUUUAGACAGGUUGUAAUGAUCUAAAAAAUAAAACUCACAAGAUAUUAACUUUUGCAAAUAUUUAAUCUCUUUCAUAAUUGUGGAUCUAUAUAUUUAUAUUGUACAAGUUAUAUGAUACAAUUAAAUUUUAACGUGACCGAUAUCUCGUUGUCACUUACAAGUGAGCGUAAAACCAACAAUAUACAACUGACGAGGAUUUUCUAAGAAAAUGUGAAUUAAUGACUGUACAAUAAUCAUUAAUAUUGAUAAUAAUCUUAAACAAUAUACACACAAAUUAUUUGUCUUUCGUUUUGGUUAUUAUUUUAUUAAUCCUGAUUACAACCUCAUUUUCCUAUGUGCAAUUAAUAUUAUAAUGACAAACAUACUGAUUUUUUAAUCCAAAAAUAUUAUAUUAAAAUUUUGUGCCAUUAUAGUGAACUUGUUACGAUUAUUAUUGUAUUACAUUUCGAAAUAGUGAAAACACUCAAUGUAUCAUACAGAAGGAAACAAAGACUAUAGUUAUGUUACAGUAAUAUUGGCCGUUUUACGUAUAUGAUACACAUUUCGGGAACGAAUACAUUUGAAUAGGGUUUAUAUAUGAUUGUAUAUUGUAAUUAUACACUUAAGAUAGUUUCGAGUUCGACCAGAACGACUGCUCGGAAUGCGGGCCCACGUACGGUAAACACUAACAUUCGUUGUUGUUGUAACAGCCUAGAUGGGACAUUCGCUAACGCUAAUAUAAACGGUAAUACAAUAAAAAAUCAACAAUGUCCCAGUAACGAAGACACUUAACAUUAAAAUAAAGGAAUGUGUAUUAAAAUCUACGCGAACCA